AUAUUUUUACCAAUCUCUCGUCAAAAAAAGGGAGAGAGAGAGAGACAGAUAUUAUUUCUGUUAAUUUCCAUAAUCUAAUCAUCCAUCAUCUUCUUCAUCUCUCUCUCUCUCAUCUCAUCUCGUUCUCUCGAAACCCUAACAAUCUCAAUUUCGUCUUCUCAGAUUGAUUCCUUCCCUUUUUAUGACGUAACGCUACACCAAUUUCAACGAUUUAGUUUUUUUUUUUAAUCACACACAAAAAAAAAAAAAAGAGAGAGAGACAAUGUCAACGGAGAAUAACACGGGGAAUUCGUCAUCCCUGCCACCAUCAUCAUCAUCCUCCGACGCAAUCGAUCCAGCACCGUUGCUUUUAAACGGAGAAGAUAAUGAAGGAAGCAACGGAGGAGGAGGAAGUGGGGGGGAACGGAGAUCUGUGAGGAGACAAGGUUUGAGAGAAGCCGCUAGGUUUCUAAGUCGUGCGAGUAGCGGACGUGUUAUGAGGGAACCUUCUAUGCUCGUGAGGGAGGCUGCGGCUGAGCAGCUAGAGGAGAGACAAAGCGAUUGGGCUUAUUCGAAGCCUGUGGUGGUUCUUGACAUCGUUUGGAACCUGGCUUUUGUUUCCGUUGCCACGGCUGUUUUGGUUAUGAGCAGGGACGAGCAUCCGAUUAUGCCGCUUAGGGUUUGGCUUUUGGGUUAUGCUUUGCAAUGCGUGUUGCAUAUGGUUUGUGUUUGUUUUGAGUAUCGGAGGAGGAAUAGGAGGAGAACGAUUAGGAAUACUCCACGCUCACGCUCUUCUUCUUCUUCUUCUUCCUCCUCUUCGUCUUCUUCUUCCUUGGAGGAAGAUGCUUUGGUUUCCAGGAGGAAUUCGAAUGAGCACGACUUGUCUCUCGGGCACUUGGACAGCGAAAGCAGCAGUGUUGCAAAACAUCUGGAAUCUGCCAAUACAAUGUUUUCCUUUAUAUGGUGGAUCAUUGGAUUCUACUGGGUAUCUGCUGGUGGCCAAGAGUUGGCACAAGAAUCCCCUCGGAUUUACUGGUUGUCUAUCGUCUUUCUUGGUUUCGAUGUGUUCUUUGUUGUCUUCUGUGUUGCGUUGGCUUGCGUUAUUGGAAUUGCUGUCUGCUGUUGCCUUCCAUGCAUCAUUGCAGUUCUAUACGCCGUUGCAGAUCAGGAAGGUGCUUCAAAAGAAGACAUUGAGCAGCUCACCAAAUUCAAGUUUCGCAAAGUAGGUGAUGCCAACAAACAUACUGGUGAUGAAGCCCAAGGAACUACUGAGGGGAUAAUGACCGAGUGUGGUACAGAUUCACCCAUUGAACAUACUCUUUUGCAAGAGGAUGCGGAAUGUUGCAUCUGUCUCUCUGCAUAUGAAGACGGAACAGAACUAAGGGAACUUCCAUGUGGCCACCAUUUCCACUGCUCCUGCGUAGACAAAUGGCUAUACAUAAACGCGACUUGCCCACUCUGCAAAUACAACAUCCUCAAGAGUAGCAACUUGGAUCGAGAGGAAGUCUAGACGAAUACAGCAUUACUUGUUCAUGACCCACAACAUAUUUGAUCAGGAGACUUGGGGUUAAGGUAGAAAACAAAACCGGUUUGUUUUAUAGAUAUGAUGCAUUGUUUGUGAUAUGAUAUCUAUACAAAAUUAUUAUACUUAUUUGUUUGUUUUUGUUUUUCGUUUUUUUGAUUUGGAAACUAAUCAGGUCUGUACAUCUGUAUCUAUCGUGGUUCUCUUGAAACCAAUGUUUUGUACUACCUCUUUCUCACUCUACCUCGAAUUUGUUAGAGAUUUUCUUCAUCUUAGAUCUUUUUUAGUUAUGUAUCAAUGAAGAUUUUGAUUGUUAAUUUAAUGUUUUUCCA